AUGGCAGAAAAGCAUAAAUCCGGUGGAAGUGAUGUUUCUUCUAAGAAAUGUAGAACAAUUACUAUGGAAACAAAAAAGGAAAUAAUUAAGGGGUCUGAGAAAGGUGGGACCCCAACUGAAAUGGGUAGAGAUUUGGAUAUCCCACGAACAGCUAUCAUGACCAUCCCGAAAGAUAAGGCAAGAAUUCAGGAGCAUGUUAAGGACUCAGCUCCUAUGCACUCAACUGUGAUAACUGAGCAGUGUGUUGGACUUAUUGCUGAGGUUGAGAAACUGUUAAUCAUUUGGCUGGAUGAUCAAAAUAAACACCGUCCUCCUGUGAGUUUAGGCAUCAUUCAGGAAAAGGCUAGGACUCUUUAUGAUGAUCUAAAGAAACAACAGGGGGAGAGUUCUAAUGCUGAGCCUUUUACUGCAUAA